GGCAGCUGGGGGAUUUCCUGGGCGGAAGCAGUAGAGGGGGUUUCCAGUGUGAUCAGCCCAGUCCUCCCCGUUGGAUCUCUGAACUGGAUCCCAGUGACUUCUCUCGCUCGCGCACCCAGGACCGACAGAACCCGGAGAGCCCGCAGAACCCUGAACCCGAACCCGGACCAUGAGGAGUCCGCCUGAGGCCCGGAGGCUCAGAGGCAGCGGCAGCGGCAGGUUGACGGUUUGAAUCCUGGACAGAGACCGCCGAGCCUCGGAGCUGCUGAGCUGAGCUGUGGCCUGCGGAGGAGAUUCAUGUCAUGUCAGCGGGGAGGAGUGCUGACGGGAGGGAGGUGCAGAUUCCCCUCCAGCAGGUGGCGCCCUCCCUGACCACACCCCUAUCGGUGGUCCCGCCCAUCCCUCAGCCCUCUCACCGCCAAGCCAAUCCCUGGCCUCCCAGCGACCCCACUGCUUCACAAGGUGUCCCUGCAGGUUUCCUGCCUCUUCACGGAGGAUUCAGAGAUCACUUUGUAGAAACUCCAGAAGCCAAAUACUGCUGCGAGGCCUGCAGGCUGGUCCUGUGUCAGCCCCGCCAGACUGAGUGUGGACACCGCUUCUGUCAGAGCUGCAUCAAGGACAUCCUCAGUCACCCAAACCCGGUAUGUCCAGCUGACAUGGAGCCUUUGUUCAAAGACAAGAUCUUCCGAGACGUUUGCUGCCAUCGGGAGAUCAUGGCACUAAAGGUUUACUGUCGUAGUGAAGCUAACGGCUGUCAGGAGCAGAUGAGUCUGCAGCAGAUACCUGACCACCUGAAUGUGUGUCCGUUCUACGAGGUUCCCUGUCCAUUGGGGAAAUGUAAAGAGCGAAUGAUGAGGAAAGAGAUUCCCGACCACCUGAGCUGGAAAUGUAAACACAGAGAGACCAGCUGCGAGUUCUGCAUGACCAAGAUGCCUCUGACUGACCUGCAGAAACACAAAGAGACGGUGUGUCCAGCGUUCCCAGUGUCGUGUCCGAACCACUGCACCUUCUCGUCCCUUCCCCGCAGUGAGCUGUCCAGUCACCAGCAUGACUGUCCCAAAGCUCAGGUGAGCUGUCAGUUCCACCGCUAUGGCUGCACCUUCAAGGGUUUGAACCAGGACAUGAGGCAACAUGAGUCGACCUUUGCAGCUGAACACCUGAGAAUGAUGGCCAGCAGAAACUCCACGUUAGAGAACAAGGUGGAGGAUAUUAAAGGUGAGCUGUUGGAGAGGUAUAAGGUGCUUCCUGCUCUCAGCAGUCGGCUGUCUGAACUGGAGAACCAGAACGAUGAGCUGAGAGAGAAGAACCGACAGAUGGAGCAGAAACUGGCCACCAUGCAGAAACUAAUGAGCUCGCACUCAGAGAAGCUCCUGGAGGUGGAGCUGGAGCUUCGUUCUCUCCGCGUGCUCAGAGAUGAGGUGGAGAACCUGAGAGGAACGCUGGAGAACGUCCGGACAAGACUGAACGCUCUGGAACAGGGGGGACGCAGCGGGACCGGGUCCACAACACACACUCUGGCUUCCCUGGAGACUCAGCUAAGUGUCCAUGAGAUCCGAUUGGCCGACAUGGACCUGCGUUUCCAGGUGCUGGAGACAGCAAGCUACAAUGGGACUCUGAUCUGGAAGAUUCGUGACUACAAGAGACGGAAACAGGAAGCGGUAGCUGCAAAGACACUGUCCUUGUACUCGCAGCCAUUUUACACCGGAUACUUCGGGUACAAAAUGUGCGCCCGCGUCUACCUGAACGGAGACGGCAUGGGCAAGGGGACGCAUCUGUCGCUGUUUUUUGUGGUGAUGAGGGGCGAGUACGACGCACUGCUGCCCUGGCCCUUCAAACAGAAGGUGACUCUGAUGCUGAUGGACCAGGGACCGUCCAGGAAACACUUGGGGGACGCCUUUAAGCCUGAUCCAAACAGCAGCAGCUUCAGGCGUCCUGCAGCAGAGAUGAACAUCGCCUCCGGCUGCCCUCUGUUUGUGUCUCAGAGCGUCCUGGAGACCGGCAGCUACAUCAAAGACGACACCAUCUUCAUCAAAGUUACCGUGGAUACCUCUGACCUUCCUGACCCGUGACGUUGCGACCUCUCUGACCUCUGACCUUGCUGGUCUGAGAUCAGCUCACCUGUCCAUGCCCAGUAAAGCAAAGGAUGAUGGGAAGGAUCAGUCACAAUGGAGAUGGCUCGUCUAUCUGAGAGCGAUGCUGACAGCAGAGAAGAAGAAUCAGACAGGAAGCAGCCAAUCAUAGUGAACUUUACAGAGACCAGAGGGCGGGUCCUCUUCUGAUUGGCUGCUGGACUAUAGAGCUGUGUGUGUGUGUGUGUGCGUGAAUGUGUGAAUGGAUCAGUGUUGCCAUGACAUCAACAUGGUGAUAUCACUCGGGGCCAACAUGGCCACCGCAGCGAGGACGUUGUUGCUGCUCAUUACUGAUGCCGUGCAUCAAGCUUACUUCCUGUUUAUUACCUGUUUACCAAGGCAUGCUGGGAAAUCCACUGCAGCCACAGAGGAGCUCAGAAAACCAGUACACACCAGCAGGAUCCAGUGCAGAAACAUUUUUUAUUAAAAUGUACCCAGUCCAAACCAGGGAUGACCAUAAGACCUAGUACAAACCAGAAAAGACAAUAGACCCAGUCCAAUCCAGAGACUACCAUAAGACCCAGUCCAAACCAGAGACUGCCAUAAGACCCAGUCCAAAUCAGAGACAACCAUAAGACCCAGUCCAAACCAGAGACUGCGAUAAGACCCAGUCCAAACCAGAGACAACUAUAAGAAGGGGUCCAAACCAGAGACCACUGUAAGACCCAGUCCAAACCAGAGAUGACCAUAAGACCCAGUCCAAUCCAGGGACAACCGUAAUACCCAGUCCAAACCAGAGUUGACCAUAACACCCAGUCCAAACCAGAGAAGACCAUAAGACCCAGUCCAAACCAGAGACAACUAUAAGAAGGGGUCCAAACCAGAGACCACUGUAAGACCCAGUCCAAACCAGAGAUGACCAUAAGACCCAGUCCAAACCAGGGACGGCCGUAAUACCCAGUCCAAACCAGAGAUGACCAUAAUACCCAGUCCAAACCAGAGACUACCAUAAGACCCAGUCCAAACCAGGGAUGGCCGUAAUACCCAGUCCAAACCAGAGACUACCAUAAGACCCAGUCCAAACCAGGGAUGACCGUAAUACCCAGUCCAAACCAGAGACAAUUGUAAUACCCAGUCCAAACCAGAGAUGACCAUAAGACCCAGUCCAAACCAGGGAUGACCGUAAUACCCAGUCCAAACCAGAGACAAUUGUAAGACCCAGUCCAAACCAGAAACGACCGUAAGACUCAGUACAAACCAGAGACGAUCUUAGGACCUAGUCAAGACCACAGACGACCAAGACCCUGAUUCACAGAUCUAAAAUUUAACCUGAGGAAGACCUGAAUGAAGCCCAAGAUGAAGAGAAUAAUUUAGAAAAGAGAUAUGAUUGAAAGUGACUGUAGUGAUUCAUAGUUCAGAUCUAAUUAUAGAACAGUAGAAUCCAGCAGAUUCCCAGUACAAGGUCUCAGUUUGUCCCAGUAUAAGUUCCCAGUUUGUGUCAGUAUGAGUUCCCAGUAUGUCUACUGGAGUUCCUCUGUGGCCUCUGAGUUUUUCAGUGUUGACAGAAUUCAUCUGACUCAUUUGAUUCAUUUGCACAGUUUGAAUGUUUGUUAAAGUGUGAAAAUAAAAAUAUAAAGAAAACACAA